AUGUGGAAACUCUUCAGUUCAGUGCGAAAGUGGAUGGGAAACUACGUCUACUUUUCCAAAGCUACCUUAUGCAUCCGGGGUUUGGUCUUGAGCCAUAGCUUCGUGAACCAUGUGGUGAUACAGAUAUUGAUAACGUACCUCACAGUUGUAUUAUGGAACGAUUGGAAGCAGCCGACAAGCGAUAUGGCUGCGGUUACUAUAAAUCUGCUGAAUGGGAUAUCAGGUAUCAUGGUGUUUGUCCUUGCUUUCAUCUCUAACACCGUCGGUCCUUUUAUGGUGAUUGCGUCCACAAAUGCUGCCUAUCUUCUUGGACUGGUUCUCUUAUGGAGUGUAUCUAAGUAUGUGGGCAUCCAGGACCGGGGCAAUCUAUCUGAUUAUGUAUUCUACGGAGCGGGUUUACUGUUAGCAAUAGGCGAGGCUGGACGGCCGGCUGCUUUGGAUAAAUUUCUCGAUGACCAAUAUUUGAGUGAAGCAGAUUACAAGAUUAAAUUACCCGAAACAAGUAGUGCUGAAGAAGAAGAAGACAAGCAAAAACGUGUAGAAACCCGUCAAACGGCUUUAUGGAGCCACCCCUGGUUCAUUGGUGCAGCGGUACCUCUUGCAAUUGUAAAUAGAUCUUGGGAAACUCAACUAUUUCUCUCAGUGGUCGUUGUUGUUGUUUCUUACUUGUUGUUCUGGUAUGGUGUCUUCGCGUAUUACAGAAAUAUAAGAAAUGAAACAAAUGAUCCAGCAGUAGAAGAUGCACCACGAAAUCCUGGACUCUGCCAAGCCGUCAAAAGUCUCGCUCCAUCUAAAGAAACAGCUGCAGACUGGAAGUUCUGGCUCAAACCCGUUUCCAGAAAACGUUAUUACAAAGAAAUGCUAGUCAUGUGCCUAGCCUUCAUCGUAUACAGUCUGGUGGACGCAACGGGAAGCACCUUCUUUUUUGAGCAAAUGAAUCUUCUGAAGAACUCUGAGCUCCCAUCGAUAUCCUUUUAUUUUGUUAUACUCCAAUCCUUAUCAAGGUUUGUGAUCUCAUUUAUUUGGAGGUUAGUAAUUCCAAAACAGUCAAACCGUGCUACGCUGGCCAAGAUCGGUUGUGGUUUAGUUUGCUCAGUGCUGUGUAUGGUUGCUGCUUGGCAAGUUGAGAUUCGUAGGAGAAGUAAGAUUUCUACAGAAUAUGAUGACAGCAAUCCUAGGCCUGUUUCCCUGAGUAUUGUAUGGUUAAUUCCACAAUUCUCCCUGUUAGGGUUUAUGAGAGGGUUGGCGGCAGAUGGGCUGGUCGAGUUUUUUGCCGAUCGAGUUGAGGCUAAUGGUAAGAGAAAGGCAAUGUAUUAUGGAUCCUACGCUGGUGAAUUAGUCCUGGGUAUUGGAACAGUACUAACCGCAGUUAGUAUUGUCGGGUUUGGACGAACUUGGUUGGUUAAUGAUGUAUACAUGAAUCGUCUGGACAAGUACUACCGGGUACUAGUAUUCAUUGGCGUUGCUAACCUUUGCUAUUACUUUUUCGUUGCUGUUUACUUCUAUAGAAAGGAGGAUGGUAAUGCGCAAGUAUGUUGCGAACCAGAUGGAAAUGAACAAAGUGAAUCGCCGUACAUACAAAAACAGUAA